GGACCCUGGCCCCUGGGGCCGGACAAAGGCUCACCACCAUGGCUCUCAGCGCGGACGGCUCCGGCGACUCGGGCUCGAGCGCCCAGGAUCUGGAAUCCCUUGACACCUACAUCCAGAACACACUCUCUGACCUCUACCCACCAUUCGAGGCCACGGCGGCCACGGUGCUCUGGCAGGUCUUCAGCGUGGCCGAGAGGCUCCACGGAGGGGAUGGGCUGCGCUGCCUCACUGACUUCCUUAUCCCCGCCACGAAGGCCCUACAGCACCUGCAGCAGGAAGCCUGUGCCAGGUACACGGGCCUCAUCUUCUUCCACGAAGGCUGGCCACUGUGCAUCCACGGGAAGGUAGUGGUGCAGUUGGCGUCCCUCCGUGGAGUCAGGCUCAGGCCCGGGGACUUCUACCUGCAGGUCACAUCGGUGGGGAAGCAGUCGGCCAGACUGGUCUUAAAAUGCCUUUCUCGGCUGGGACGCGGCUCAGAGGAAGUUGCUGUGCCUGAGGCCAUGUACGGCUGUGUCUUCACAGGAGAGUUCCUAGACCGGGUGAACAGGGAACGCAACAGUGUCCUCUUGAAAAACUGCUUGCUGACCUCAGGCUCUGCUGUCUACCGCACCCCAUGGAGCAACAUCACCAUUCCCGUGUUUGUACCCACCAGUGGAAGAGUCCUUCCCAGCUGCUCCAGCCGUCCGGGGCCUGAGCAGCCGCCCAGCAGCGUCUCGGAGGCCCCGGCCCCGGCCCCGGCACCGGCCAUGGCCAGUCCUGGUCCGCAGGGGAGCACCUCUUCCAGCGAUACUCCAAUCCUGCCUCACUCUGGUGGGCAUCCAGGCAGUGACCAGCCCAGCUGCCUGCCUUCCUUGAGAAGAACUAAGUGCGAAAGCUCCAGGAUCCUGCCCAGGAGCUCUGACAUCGGCCCAUGGGAGCCCCCCGAGAGCCGCGAAGGACCAGGAGAGAGACUGAACCCCGUGGACAAGAAAGAUGGCCCCCAGGCCCUCACCUCUCCCAAGGACGCAGGCAGCCCAAGCUCUAGAAGGCGGCCGCCUGGGUCCCCUGCCGGCGCGGAGGCCAGGCGCUGGUUCAGGAAGUCCUACAUGGAGGCCCUGCGGAACCCCAUGCCCCUGGGCUCCAGCUCCGAGGAGUCCCUUGAGGAUGAGGCCUGCAUCACCCAGAGCAAGAAGGCAGCGACCAGCCUGACCCAGAAAGAAACCCCCGGCCCCCAGGGAGUCUCCCAGGGAGUCCCCCAGGGAGUCCAGAAUCAAGAGAGCUUUCCAGGAGCCGCUGGGAGGACCCUUACCAGGAGGUCUCGGUCCUGGGACAGAUCCCUCAGGAGCUUCCAAGGUGAUACCCAGCAGGCCUCCCCACAUUCAGCCAGCGCUGGACCCGUAAGUCCCUUAGGAGGACAAGAUAUGGGGACCAGAAACUUGGGCUCCAGCCACCCCUCUGGCUGCACCAAAGAGGAAGCCGGUGUCAACGCAGGUGGCUGCAGCUUCCGAGGACACGACCCCAGCAGGUUCCCAGACAUGCUUGCUGAGCUGCUGAGUUCCGAGGGUGAAGGCCAGCUACCCGGCGCAGGAGACCUGCCCCACCCGGAGCCCAAGCAGGUGCUGGAGAUCAGCCAGGAGCUGCUGCAGUCUGGGGCCGUCACCCUCCCAGGGACCCGAGACCGCCAGGGGAGAGCAGUAGUGCAGGUCUGCAUGAGGAGCCCACUCUGGUCCAGCCAACGCGUGCCCAGUGCCGAGCUGACCCGCCUGCUGAAGUACCUCCAUGGCAUCCCCAGGAAGGAGGUACGGGACCUGGGGCUGGUCAUCCUGGUAGACGCACGCAAGAGUGUGGCCACCCCUGCCCUUUCCCAGGCCCUGGCAGCUCUGCAGAACACAUCUCCCUCCAUAAUUCAUAAUAUUUUGCUGUUGGUGGAUAAAGAAUCAGCAUUCAGACCUGACAAGGAUGUAGCAAUUCAGUGUGAGGUGGUGGGCUCCCUGAAGGCCCUGCACAAGUUUGUCGACAGCUCCCAGCUGACCGCAGACCUCGAAGGCUCCUUUCCCUACAGCCACAGUGACUGGAUCUGCUUCCGUAGGAAAAUGGAGCCCUUUACCGCAAGCUGCCAGGAUGCCAUUGCUUUCCUGCAAAAUGUAGUUGGCUCCCUGAACACCCACAGGACCCUAAGCACAGCGCAGGAGGUCACAGAGGUAAUCAGUGAGCACAAGGCCAUAAUGAAGCAAGUCCUGGAAGACACACUGCUGGUCACCCUCCGCCUGGAAGGGGGCACUGUGCUGGCACAGCUGAGGAGGAAAGAGCCCGGGGCCAGCGAGGACAGCCGAGACAGCAUGGAGGCUGCCUCCCGGCUGUACGACCAAGUGGAUGAAGAGGUCCACAGGCUGGUCCUCACCUCCAACAAGUGUCUACAGGAGCUGGAGCGACUACGGGAACUGAGGACACUCCAGGAGGAAGGUGACCAGAUCAAAUCAUGGUUUGAAAAAGAGGAAGAGAAAUUCCUGAGCCCCUUGGAGCUGCUUUCUGUUGAGAAUGCGACGCUGCAGCAGCAGGAGCUGCAGGCCGGGCACCCCAGGCCCACGCAGUGUUGUCAGAAAGGACUACAGCUGAUGGAAAAGAACAACUCGAAGGACACAGAGGAAAGAGUCCAGGACGUCGGGAGGUGUCUGAGUGCCACAGCCGGCCGGGCCGAGUGGAAGGAGGGAGAGUUUGCGCAAUGGGUCCGCCAGUCCCAGUUCUGUGAGCUGGAGGGUGAGCACCUGGACCCAGGCGUGCAUACCCCAGACAGCAGCUCCGCCUGCUCCUCUGAGCCCAUCCACAACCCCGGCAUCCACCACAGGAAACAUCCCCUGAAGAAAAUUAUGAAGAAAACACUAAGCUUCGAGAUUCCACAGCUUGACAGUAACCCCAGGGACUCACACUGGCCAGGCCACACUGGGGUCUUCAUCAAAGGCCUAGAGGUGACCAGCACCUUGGCCUCAGAGAAGAAGCCCCCACUGAGACCACGUGCUGAAAGUCCCCUAGUCACUCGGAACCGGAGCCUGUCCUCUCCCUCCAGGAUCCACUCCUCUGAGGAGGACAGGAGGAGGCCAGCAGGAAGCAGCCGCCUGCAGCACGUAAUGGCCGAGAUGAUCUCCACGGAGAGGGAGUAUGUUAGGUCCUUAGGAUAUGUCGUCGACAACUAUUUUCCAGAAAUGGAAAGAGUGGACCUGCCGCAGGACCUGCGGGGGAAGCGUGGCGUCAUUUUUGGGAACUUGGAGAAGCUCUACGACUUCCACCGCCAGCACUUCCUUGCGGAGCUGGAGCAUUGCCGGCACUGCCCCUUGGUCGUGGGGCGUGGCUUUCUGAGACACGAAGAACAGUUUGGCAUGUACGCGCUCUACAGCAAGAACAAGCCGCAGUCGGACGCCCUGCUCUGCAGCCAUGGUCACGCCUUCUUCAAGGACAAGCAGCGGGCACUGGGUGACAAGAUGGAUCUGGCCUCCUACCUGCUGAAGCCUGUGCAGCGCAUGGGCAAGUAUGCACUGCUGCUCCAGGACCUGGUCAAGGAGGCCGGGCGCUGCCCCACCCAUGAGCAGGAGCUGGGUGAGCUGAAGGCUGCUGAAGACAUGGUUCGCUUCCAGCUGCGCCAUGGCAACGAUCUGCUGGCCAUGGAUGCUGUCCGUGGCUGCGACGUGAAUUUGAAGGAGCAGGGUCAGCUGAGAUGCCGGGACGAGUUCAUCGUUUGCUGUGGAAGAAAGAAGUACCUGAGGCACAUCUUCCUUUUUGAAGACCUCAUCCUAUUUAGCAAGACCAGAAAGGUGGACGGAGGCUACGACAUCUACACAUAUAAGCAAUCCUUCAAGAUGGCUGAAAUCGGUUUGACAGAAACUGUCGGGAACAGUGGUGUGAGGUUUGAGAUCUGGUUCCGCAGGCGGCGGAAAUCCCAGGACUCCUACAUUCUCCAGGCGAGCUCUCCAGAGGUCAAGACCAUGUGGACUGACAUGAUAGGGAAGAUCCUGUGGCGGCAGGCUCUGAGGAACAGAGAAGUCAGAAUGCAAGAAAUGGUGUCUAUGGGGUUAGGCAGCAAACCGUUCCUGGAUAUCAAGCCCAGCGAUGCAGCCAUAAGUGAUCGGGCUGUCAAUUACAACAUGAACAGAACAGAGCCAAGAACCCAAGCAUCCAUAGCUGUGCCCUCCCGUAACCACACCACCCCCUUCAAGAGACCGCACUCCACCAUCUCAGACAGCAGCACCUCCUCCUCCAGCAGCCAGUCCUCUGCCGCCCUGCACGUGUCCACCAGCCAAGCCCACUGGCCCUGGUCGUACGACGUCCACGCCUGCAUCGAGGAGGACGAGCCGGAGCAGGAGACGGAGAACCAGCCUCCGCUACGGACCGAGAGCUCUGAGUCUUCUCAGUGCAUGUCUGGGGACAGCAGCCCAGGCCUCCCCCCAGGACUGUUCUCCAGUAAGGGCUCCCAGAGCACAUCUCCCACCCUUCCCCAGAGGGACCAGCAGCUCGAUGGAGUUCAGUUCACCACAACCGCUCAACAGCGCCCCCACUCAAGGCCCCCGCAGUCCUGGGUGAAGGAAGGCUGAUGGUCAGCAGAGGCGGUUUCCAAACAGCCUGGUGAGGAGCAAGCUGGAAUCCAAGGGUCAGGGGCUCUGCCUGGAGUCCAGCCCCUCCUGGGACACUCACAGGAUCCCCAAUCCUGCCCUUCUGAUGGGAUCACAUACGUGGCAAAUCAGUGUUUCCCCAAAUUGAUGCACAUGUGUGUUUUUACCUUCAGAGGGUGGCUGGGACCCAGCCUGUCGUAGGAGGAGGCCCCAGACAUUGCCCUGAUGUGCACUCAGAAACAUCACCCCCGAAAGGGAGGGACUAAGUGGCCAAGGAGAGGGAACCGAGACUUGAGGGAACAGGUCUUCAGUUUCCAUGCCCUGGAUCACUCGUGAUGACCAGUGACGCUGGUUCUGCAUUGAUUUCCCUCCCUUUCUGUCAGAACAAAACCCCUCAGGCUUCUGGACAGCCAUUUGAGUGCAGGCAAAACACUCCAUAAGUAACAGAAGUCAUCCCCAUCAUGCCCCACCCCCAGCCUGGGCAUGGCUGGGUCUCCCCUUCGUCCCUCCUGAAUGGCUCAUCCACCUCCAUCCAGCAUGGACACCUCAUGUGGCCCAGCCUCUCCCACCUGGUGGGAACACACAGACUCCUGAUCCAGUGUGGAGGCCCCGAUAUGCGUGGGACUCAAAGCAGGGCGAGCCCUCUGGGACUGUCUCCCACCUUCUAGGCAACUCAAGCCAUAGGUGACAGUCCCCAGCUGGGGCCCCACAGAGAUGUGUCCCAGAUGCAGGGCAAGUGUAAUGGGAAUCUCCGUUCUGUUUCCUUUUUAACAAGUUGUAUGUAAUCAUCAGAGCAGUACUAGAAUUAGCUCAGGGGCCACUGGUCACCACCGCCUGUGAGCCUGGGUUGAGGUUACACUCUGCUGCCCAAGUAGGGGCCAGGUUGGGGCAGGGCACAGCAGUUGGGCCUGAAUCUCUGAGGAGCCAGUGCUGGAGGUCCUGUUGGUGUGCCCGAGAGGACUACCCUCACCAGACAGGUUGAAAUCUGAAGCAGGCAGAGCCCCGGAGACGCCAGACCUAUAAUGAGCUUCCUGCUGCAGGCAUCUACCCCCUCCCCCCCCCCCCACCACCACAUGGACCACUGAGACCAGGAGUGGUGGCGGCGGGGGCCACACCUCUGUGA